UCUCAUUGUGUAGAACUACCAUCUCAUUGUGUAGAACUACCAUCUCAUUGUGUAGAACUACCAUCUCAUUGUGUAGAACUACCAUCUCAUUGUGUAGGACUACCAUCUCAUUGUGUAGGACUACCAUCUCAUUGUGUAGAACUACCAUCUCAUUGUGUAGAACUACCAUCUCAUUGUGUAGGACUACCAUCUCAUUGUGUGCUUCUAAAGUAGGACUACCAUCUCACUGUGUAGGACUAAAGUAGGAGUACCAUCUUAUUAUGUGGGAUUACCAUUUUAUUGUGCGAGAAUACCUUCUUAUUUUGUUGGACUAGCAUCACCUUCCAUAGGACUAACUCCCUUCGAUUGUAUUACCUCCCCUGUAUACGACUACCUCCCCUAUAUUGGAUUACCUCCCUUCUAUUGGAUCACCUCCCCUGCAUACUGUAUAGGAAUACCUCCCGCCAUAUGCAUUAGUUAUGCAUUCAGUACGGCACAAGGUAACGAGGUAAUCAAAACAUCCGUGCAGGUGAAGCAGACAAUGAAUCUCAGGGUGUUCAGAAAACUGAAACUAGGUUUCCUCAUCUGCGUCAUCCUAGCCCUCAACCUGACCUUCCUGCUGUCCGUCACACUACGCAAGGUCAUCCUGUGGCGCGAGCCAUACACUCACCUCCCGGAGUUCACCGUUGACCCAGUUCUGGUUGCUAGGAUACGGAGCCAGGCCAACACGACCGUGAACCCUAUCAAGCUGCGAAAGGUCCAAGACAUCAAGCUAGAGAUCAACGAUUCCCGUACAACAGACGACGCCCUUUACCCGGCGAAGAUGAUCGGACAUUACAUCAUGGUGAACCCGGAUCUAUGCCGCAGUGCGCAUGUCAUCGACAUCAUCAUAAUUGUACACACAUCCCCGGCUAAUUUAGAGAACCGGCAACGGAUCCGGGAGAGUUUUGGGAAGGAGGAUAAUUUUUUACCGUUCCACGUGCGGGUCGCGUUCCUGCUGGGGCGAACGACCAAUCAGACGUUAGAGCGGAUUCUGUGGUUCGAGCACGCGACCUACAACGACACCAUCAUGGCCAGCUUCACCGACUCGUACCACAACCUCACGCUCAAAGGCGUCAUGGGGUACCAGUGGGUCAGCCAACAUUGCGCCAAUUCUAAAUUCGUGCUAAAAAUAGACGAUGACGUCAUCAUCAACAUGUACAAGCUCCUGUACUCGUUUUUAAACCACAUGAACGGGAAGACCAAAUCUAUUUUCUGCAACGUGUGGUACAAAGACACCAUGCCCAUUCUGCGUGAUGGGAAAUGGAAAGUGGAGUCGCACAUGUUUGCCCGCCGAAAAACUUUCCCUUACGACUACUGCAGUGGGUUCGUGGUCCUGAUGACCACUGACCUCAUGGCCCCCAUGUACGAGGCGGCCUUGACGACGCCAUUUUUCUGGAUAGACGACGUGUACUUGUUCGGCAUGCUGCCCAGUAUCGUGGGUCACGUGACCUACUACAACUACAAGCUGGACCAGAACGUGACCUUGGUGCCACAGAAGGCCAUCAACUGCACGCAGACGUUGGGGGUCAAGUGCCCCAUCUUCGCCUCCAUCAUCAGCGGUGGCGCGUUCUGGAAUUACUGGGGGAUGAUCCAGUCCCUCUAUACGUCUAGUUCGUGGAAAGUAGAGAACAAAAUUGUUGCGUAAUCUCUGCUUGGACAUGCUGGAGAUAUUUGGGCGAUGAUCCAGAUCGUGCAAAGUAGAAAGCAGAAUUGUGGCAUUAUCUCUGCUUCAAAAUUCUGGAGAUACUUGGGAUGAUCCAGAUUAUAGAAAGUAGAAAGAAAAAUGGUUGCAUAAUCUCUGCUUUAACAAUCUAGAGAUACUUGGGAUGAUCCAGAUUGUGGAAAGUAGAAAGAAAAAUUGUUGCACAAUCUCUGCUUUAACAAUCUAGAGAUACUUGGGAAGAUCUAGAUUAUAGAAAGUAGAAAGAAAAAUUGUUGCAUAAUCUCUGCUUUAACAAUCUACAGAUACUUGGGAUGAUCCAGAUUGUGGAAAGUAGAAAGAAAAAUUGUUGCACAAUCUCUGCUUUAACAAUCUAGAGAUACUUGGGAAGAUCUAGAUUAUAGAAAGUAGAAAGAAAAAUUGUUGCACAAUCUCUGCUUUAACAAUCUAGAGAUACUGGGGUGUGAUCCGAAUCGUGGAAAGUAGAAAACGAAAUUGUUGCACAAUCUCUGCUUGUACAAUCUAGAGAUACUUGGGAUGAUCCAGAUUGUGGAAAAUGGAAAGUAGAAAGAAAAAGUGUUGCAUAAUCUCUGCUUCAAUAGUAACUUGACACCUGUAACAUAAGAUAGACGUACAGUUACAAGACUGAUGUUACAACAGUGGUGCUGUAGCUCCAGGGCUAGAUAAGGCCACUACAGAUUGUGUCUUGUUGGUACUUGGACCAUUCCUUAGACAAGGGCAUCAUUAAAAUGUGUUGUGUUCGUUCUUUGAAAUGUUGAUGUAUAUAAGAUUUGGUGUAGAUUAAUUUAUUAAUGCUGCUUAAAUGUUAUUAUUAAUUACUGAUAUUAUGAUGUGAAAGUGUGAGAAAAAUGUCGCAGUUCGACGCUUUGCCUCCAUUUUUUGAUGUUUUAACUAGCUCAGCAAAUACACCGCGAAAAGUCAAAUACAAGAGUGGCAAAACCGAGGGUUUUUUUUACGGUGGGCAGUAACGUACGUUAG